CUGCCUGCCAGAGCCGUCCGGGGGUUUGCCGGGCUUCGCUUCGCUCUUGUCGGGAUGGCUUCGGCGUCGCCGCUGCCGGCUGUCCCGCUGCUGAUCCACCGUCUGGGAGAGCGCCUGCUAAGGAAUCUCAGCCACCUGUUGGAUCGCGCCCCUCCGGGCAAAGGCUGGCGGGAUUUGGCGCAGCUGUCUGGGAGCCGCGGCGGAGUCCGGCUGAGUCCUCUUGAGUUGGAGGAAUGUUCUCUGGACGUCUUGGCUCCUGAAGGAAGUCCCAGCUGGAGUCUCCUUCAGCUAAUGGGUGAAAGAGGCUGUACCGUUGCAGAGUUGACAGAAUUGCUGCAGUCUUUGCAACACACCGAGGCACUUCAGUUGCUCAAUCCAAGUCUAAAGAUCAUGGUAGAACCAGAAUCCCAAGUUGUUUUAUCUGGCCAGAUGGUGAAACUAAGCUGCUGGGCAACAGGAUAUCCUGUCCUAUAUUAUCAGUGGUUUAAAGAGAAAAAAAUGGUUCCAUAUGGGAAUUCCCCAGAACUGAUAUUCAGUCAAGUAACUGUAGAAGAUGCGGGAUAUUACAUAUGUCGAGUGAGCAGUGAUUCUUCCUACGAAUUCAGCCAAUGGGCAAAACUGGAUGUCUGUGAUAGCCAAAGAGAUUCUGAAGGAAGCUACCUCAAAUUGCCUGAAAAGAACAUACAGAUCUAUCUGCAUCCGCAAUCUCAGAACGUGAUGGUUGGACAAACGUUAAUUCUUCAGUGUGAAGCCACAGGAAAUCCCACGCCACAGUACCAGUGGUACAAAGAAGAAUACCCACUUCCCAAUGGAGACAAAACGGCUUAUGUGGUAUCCUCCGUAGACGUUGAACAUCAAGGAACGUAUUGGUGUCGAGUAUACAAUAUUCAAGAAAAUGAAGACAGCAGAAAAGUGAAAGUAACUAUAGGUGGAAAAUCUGUUGCAGUAGAAUGCACGGAAGAUGAAUUAAAUGAUCUUGCAAGACCUGAUCUUGAACAGCCAACUGAAAGACAAUUUGCAGUAGAUAAAGUGGCCCUACUGAUGGGGAACAUGAGCUACUAUAACCAUCCCAAGCUCAAGGCUCCGUUAGUUGAUGUUUACGAGCUGACCAACUUGCUGAGGCAGAUGGACUUUAAAGUGGUCUCUUUGCUGGAUCUGACCGAACCUGAGAUGCGGAAUGCGGUGGAUGAAUUCUUAUUGCUCCUGGACAAAGGUGUUUAUGGUCUAUUAUAUUAUGCUGGGCAUGGCUAUGAAAAUUAUGGUAAUAGUUUUAUGGUUCCUAUUGAUGCCCCAAAUCCCUAUCGAGCUGCAAACUGUUUAUGUGUACAAAACAUCCUCAAACUGAUGCAAGAAAAGGAUACUGGCCUCAAUGUAUUUUUACUGGAUAUGUGCAGAAAAAGGAAUGAAUAUGACAAUACUGUUCUCGUCUUGGAUGCCCUGAAGGUUACAGCUAACAUUGUUUUUGGAUAUGCCACGUGCCAAGGAGCAGAAGCUUUUGAAAUUCAGCAGUCUGGACUGACCAAUGGGAUUUUCAUGAAGUUUUUGAAGGAACGCUUAUUAGAGGACAAGAAAAUUACUGUGCUGCUGGAUGGUGUGGCAGAAGAUAUGGGAAAGUGUCAUCUUACCAAAGGCAAGCAAGCUUUGGAGAUUCGCAGCAGCUUAUCUGAAAAGAGAGCGUUAACUGAUCCUAUUCAGCAAACUGUAACCUCAGCAGAAGCCUUGGCACGGAAUCUACAGUGGGCGAAAGCGCAUGAACUUUCUGAAAGUAUGUGCCUUCAGUUUCAAUGCGGGGUUCGGAUCCAGCUGGGUUUUGCUGCAGAAUUCUCCAACGUCAUGAUCAUCUACACAAGAAUCGUAACAAAGCCUCCCGAAAUAACCGUUUGCAACGCUUAUGUCACCGAUUUUCCUCUUGAAUUGGAUGUGGAUCCUAAAGAGGCAAAUAAAGGAACUCCUGAGGAAACUGGCAGCUAUUUGCUUUCAAAAGAUUUGCCCAAACACUGCCUCUACACUAGAAUAAGUUCACUACAGAAGCUAAAGGAAGAUUUAACAUUCACCGUUUGCCUGCAUUAUGAAUACAUGGGACUCGAGGACCCGGUAGAUGAAAGAAAAGUGGUUAACAUCGGCAAGCCGCUGGUUGCCAGAUUGCGCAUUCACCAAGGAUUUGGAAAGUGCAGCUGCUUCCAGAGCUGUUGUUUGCCUAAUGGUGCUACCUCCGCCCAGUCACUGGCCACAGAAGCAUCUGGAUUCUGCCCAUCUCCCCUUAAUCAGCCGCAUUCUUACACAGGCUUUGUCCAAUCGAGUCCUUCUCUUAUAGAAGGCCUGAGGCAGCCACCAAGAUGCCACUGCAGGAUGGUGCCAGACAGAUUAAUGGCGUGGCAAUCAAACUGGUCCCAUUCAUACAAUUCAGACCUGAGCAAUAUUCCUGUGGAGACCACAGAUGAACUGGAAUCUGACUUCUCGGGAAGUUUAAAACUAUCUCAUGAGCCUUAGCCAACUUCUUUUUGUAGGUUGGAACAGCAUUUUCAAUGGUCUUGCCCUGGGAUGAAAUUCUGAGGUCCAGGGACAUCUUGAUCUGGAGCCAUGCAUUGGGCUGAGGGAAAAAAAGAGUUAAAAAUGUUUUUCAGACAACCAGAAAUAAAAGUUGCAACGUUCCCAGAUAUUAUCCCUCGUGAGGGGAAAGAUGAAAAAGAAUUUGGUAAAUGCAGACUAGGUUUCUGUGGUAAAUGACUCCCUAAUAACCCAGCACGUUGAUUGUCAGAAUAAGCACAAGCUGGGGAGUCUUUAAAAUACAGAAAUUUUAACAUGCUGAUUGACAGACGUACAGGAGGUAUGAUACCAGACUUCCACUUCACCAGGCAAAGAGGAGAGGGAGUAUAUAGCACUUAUAUACCACUUUACAAUGCUUUGCAGCCCUCUGUAAGCGGUUUUACAGA